AUGGACGAGGAGGGCGCCCCGCGCGACGGGUUCACCUUCGAGAGCGCGCUCCGGGCCUGCGCAGGCGCCCGGUCCGCCGAGCUCGGUCGGGCCGUGCACCGCGACGCCGUGAGCGCCGGCCUCGCUGCCGACGUCUCCGUGUGCGACGCCCUCGUGGAGAUGUACGCCCAGUGCGGCGACCUGGAGAUGGCGUGCCAGGUGUUUGACGCAAUGCCGGAGAGGGACGCCGUCUCGUGGAACGUCAUGCUCGCUGGCUUGCUGGGGCACGGUGGCCUCUCUCCUCAGGCAACGGAGGUCUGGAGAAGGAUGCUCGGAGAAGGGCACAAGCCCGACUCGGUCGUGCUGUCGAAGAUGCUCUGCCAUCACCCUGAUGAUGGCAAACAGGGACUGGAGGUUCAUGCCUGGGUGAUUCGCCAUGAGCUUGAGAUAGAGUUGCCAGUGGCAAAUGCUCUGAUUGGAAUGUACGCCAGAAAGAAACAGCUAGGACAUGCUCUUUCCAUUUUCGAGUCGAUGCCCGCGAGGGAUCUGGCGUCAUGGAAUGCUAUAAUCUCUGCACACAGCCAACAUUUCGGCGUUCUCAUGAUGUUCCGCCGCAUGGUUGACUCCGGACUGCAGCCGAACGAGGCCACCUUCGUCGCGGUGCUGUCCGCGUGCGACAAUCUAGGGUUGGUGGAGGGCGGCAUGAGGCUGUUCUCUGAGAUGGAGAACAAGUACAGGAUUCAGCAUACUGUACAGCACUGUACCUCUGUGGUCAACAUGCUAGGCAAAGCUGGGAUGGUGGAUGAGGCUUAUGAGUUCAUGUCGAAGCGGCCGCGUCUCGGCAGCGAGCCAACAGUCUUGAGGGCGCUGCUUCAUGCUAGUUCAGUACAUGGCAACAUAAGGAUAGGCGAAAUUGCCGCCAAGAAGUUAUUCGACCUGGAGCCUGACAAUGCGCAUCAUUUCGUCACACUGAUGAAAAUGUAUGACAACACGGGUAGGUUGGAGGAGCUCGAGAAGGUGAAGAAAACGAUGAGGGAUAAAGGGCUUUAA